CAUUUACGAAUAAUCUACGAUGAUGUCAUUUGUAAAAAAUGCAAUUGGUUAUAUUUCUGAAUCUCUAUUAUUCUUAGAAUCUGUCUGUGUUGUGGGUAUUUAUUUGAACUCUUACAGAAGAAAACAACAGAUUCCUACGGUUUUCCGUCUUACAAUGUUCUCCGUAGUGUUUGGACUGUUACUGAUAGUUGCGGUCAAAUGCCAGGAUGUUGAUGACCCAGACUACUACACAGCUGCUGUAUACGAACAAGUAAAGCACAAUUACAUAAGUGAUCCGACUAAGUUAAACAUUGAAAAAAAUUUGGCCGCUUAUGAAAGAGUUGCAAAGACUGCUGGUCAACACAAUGUCGACUUAUUGGCUUUUCCUGAAUAUGGAAUCUUCUCAUCCACGAAACGAGAAGUUAUAAUUGACGAUGCCCAAUAUGUUCCCGAUCCGAAAAUUGAACAAUGGAAUCCUUGUUUGGAACCCGACAGGUACAACAAUUCAUAUAUUUUAGCCAAUUUAAGCUGCAUAGCUAAGCAAAAUAACUUGGUUAUUUUGGCUAAUAUUCUGUCGAAAGUUCCUUGCGACAAUUCUACUGAUUGCCCGGAUGAUAAAUUCUACGUUUAUAACACCAAUGUAGCCUUCAAUAGAAGUGGACUAUUAAUAGCACGAUAUAGGAAAACUCAUUUAUAUUUCGAAGAUGGCCUUAACGUCCUUCCAAAACCGGAAUUUAUUGUAUUUUCUACUGAUUUUGCCUUAAUCGGUACUUUUGUUUGCUUCGAUAUUGUAUGGAAAGAAUCAGUUCAAAUGGUUGAAAAAUAUAAACCUGAUGCUGUUAUAUUUUCAACUCUAUGGUUCGAAUUCAUUGAACCAGGAAUGAGCGCAGUUCAAGUUCAACAAUCUUGGGGAAUCGCAAAUAACGUCACCAUUAUAGCAGCUAACAGGCAACAGCUACAGAAUGGAUCUUUAGGAAGCGGAAUGUUUUUUGGAGAUACUGGAAUCGGCAAUUACGUUUAUAUCGCAGAUGGUCAAUCCAGACUACUGAUCUCUAAAGUUCCAAAAAGAGGCGUUAGACCACCUCAAGAAUUCCCGCCUGCAACCAUUAUUGAAUUUGGUGAUUUUGCAAUAGGAAAAUCUAAUAACAAUAUAUCUUCUGGAGUAUGUUCUACGAAAAUACUAGGAUUCCCAUCAAACUACAAGGAUUUCAGAUGCCAGGAUUAUGACCUCAGUAACUUUACGUUAGUUAAAGUGAAUGCGGAAAAUCACGUGGAAGCUUGUAAUAAUGGACUUUGCUGUAGCGCUAGUUAUAAAGUACAGUUAUCGGACGAAGACUAUUAUCUGGCAGUUUUCAAUGGAACUUAUACAGCUUUCGAAAGAUAUACAUGGUGGAUAGAAGCUUGUUUUUUUGUGCGCNCCUAA